AUGGAUAAAGAGGACGAGGUUCGACGUGGAUCAAAUAACGGACAGCUGACCAUUGAAGCGGGUGGGGUUCUAAAGGCACGGAACCUUUUGGUCCAAACUGACAUCAUCAAAGUGGACGCGUUGGGUAUUUUGACUGCUUCCGGUUCCGGAAAGACGGACGGUGACGGCGCUGGGGCUAAUACUGGUGGCGGCAGUUUUGGUGGACGAGGCGGUAACGGAAACGGGACGGGCGGUGGUGCAAUUGAACUCGAAAUCGCACAGAUACUGCUGGUGGAAGGGACCAUAGAAGCCAGCGAAAAAUCCGGUUCAAGCGCCAUCGGGGGUGGCAGCGGCGGCUCCAUUUUAGCAAAUACACGCGAAUUUGCGGGCUCUGAAGUAUCAGGGUGGCGGGUGGCGACGGAAGUACCGGCUCGGGCGCUGGUGGCGGUGGUCGCCUCGCCGUCUAUUACAAAAUGCCGACUACUGGUUUGGGACGCUAGAUGCCAGGGAUCUAGUGUGGGCUUCACCCUGCAGGCUUACAUUUUCGAUGGCGACUCUAGCGCAAGCCUGCAUAUAGGACCGGACCAGUUGGUUAUCGUUCAGCACCCGGAAGACCUGGAGUUCCUGGUGAACGUCUACGUGUACGAGGGUGGCAAGCUCGUCUUCCCCACGGACUUCAUAUGCCACGAUGUCAGCAUUUACGUCUGGGGUACGCUAGGAGCCAUCGACAUGACUGUAGGCGAAGGCUGCUCCCUGUAUCUGGGCAGUUCAGGUACGAGCACGCGGACUGACGUGCCGCCCAACCCAGGGACCUUCGACAUGGAUUCCCUCACCGUAUCGGCCGGUGGCGAGAUCACCGCCACGCACGACUUAACCGGAAGGGAAAACAGGAUAAACAUCGGGUACUUACAUGCUACGAGGCUGAACAUCCAGGGCGGCGGUAUCGUACACGCAAUACACGUGAACAUUGAGGCGCAGCAGUUGAUCGUCGACGAUUUAGGGGAGAUCAUCGGAGACUUUCAUAACAUCACAUGCAGCGUUGGGGAGGGCGUCCAAGGAACUGCCGGAUCUGGCGCGGGGCACGGUGGACGCGGCGGUGGCAACUCCGGAAAUCCCGUCACCGGAGCACCAUAUGGCCAGCUAUUAGAGCCCGUGGACAAUGGGUGCCGGGGCGGCUCUUCGUCUGUAAACGGAGCAGGCGGACGCGGCGGAGGAAUUAUCUACCUGAACGUGCACGACUUCCUGCAGAACGACGGCGAGAUCAGUUGUAACGGAGAGAUGGGAACCCGCGCUGGUGGCGGUGGUAGUGGCGGAUCCAUUCUAAUAGACGUUAAUAAUAUCAAGGGUUACGGCGAGUUUCAAGUGAUCGGUGGAGACGGCUCGGCAUACAACAACCAACAGGGCUGCGGGGGUUCCGGCGGCCGGAUCGCCAUGUACUUUAACCGGAACUACACUUUUUCCGGUGCAUGGGACGUAUACGGCGGGGACACACCCGCUCCAGAAUGUGACGGUGCUUCCGGUACCGCGUUUUUCUACCACAACGUGAACAAUCAUUCUACGCUCCUGGUAAACAACAAUGGUCGCGGUGUGCCGGGCGAGCAGGGAGCCAUAGCUGAUUACUCCGAUCUGAGCAAGGACACGGCUCACACCUGGUUCCUGCCGGACACGGGAACCAACUCCAGGCUACCAACAAUGACCAACACGUUCACAUUCGACGAGCUGCAGAUGUUCGGUAACGGGCAUCUGGCGGUGUUGACAGAUCCUGUUGGUGACACGGCCACCAUGUACUUCGCUAACAUGAUCGGGGACCGCACGGGUGCGGUUCACGUAAGUGACGGCCUGAACCUGGACCUCAAGCGGCUCAAGAUUGACCUCCCCUUCAAUGUGCACGUGUACCCGGGCGGCUUCCUCGGGUUGGCACCGGACACGUACGUCCAGGACAUCGACAUCUUCCUCAACGGGACACUUGCCUACAUCGAUAACCUGACACUGCAUCAUGAUGGGAACCUCUGGCUUUACCAGGAAGGCAAGACAGACGGCGAGGACGCAGGAUACUAUGACUUCGACUUCGUGCACGUCAAAACAGGCGGGUACAUUCACAUGAUCACUGAUCCUGUAACGGACAAUGGAAUCAACUUCAAGACAAUUUCUACGCACAUCGACGGCGGCGGCCUCAUCCGUGGCACUCACCUUUACUUCCAAUCCACCAAUAUCACGAUAGACAACGGCGGGAGUCUGAACGCAGACGGACUUGGAUACCGAGUGUCGGACACAGACACAAGUGUAUUUGGUGUGUACGGAAAAAUCAAUCCUGGCCUUGGACACACAGGAACAGUAUCGGCAUCUGGUGGUUGCCACGGAGGCAGCGCAGGCCGAGGAGAGGACGAAAUAACUGGUUGCAAUGCAUACGGAGACAUCUACGAGCCAACGGCUUUUGGUUCCGCUGGAGGUGGAGCGGGAGGGGGCCGCGGCGGCGGACGGAUCUGGCUGAACGUCACCGACACCAUUCACAUUGACGGCACUUUGUCGGCAAAUGGCAAAGACGGCGACACCUUAAAUGGGCGGCUGGCGGGAGGCGGAAGUGGCGGCAGCAUUUGGAUUCAUUGUGAUACUGUCAAUGGCUUUGGGCUGGUCCAGGCGGGCGGUGGAAAAGGUUCCUACGGCGACAUCAACGUUCAGCAGCUAGUCAGUACUGACGGACUGGAAACGGUUUCUUGCGAAACGCAGCGAAAAUGUGCAAACGGCGCCUGCCAUAAUGAGGUCACCUGUAAGAAAACAAUCUGUGAUUCGAAUGGCGCCGGAGCAACCUGUACAGAAACGGUGGUAGACUCACUUCCGCUUUCCGACAUGAGGUGUUAUGACACAGCAGAUGGACAGGAGUGCGCCAACCUAUGUAACAACCACGAGAGAUGCUCCUACGACGGCACUACGUGUGAAACCAGGGAAGUAUGUUGUAGCGAGGACCUUUCUGAGUGCUGCUACACGUCGUUGGACCCGGUUUACGAUCGAAAAUCCGAAGUUUUGUUGUCAAACAUGUACAUGUGUUGCCAUGAUGAUGAUACGAAACAAUUUGGAGAAGUUUGUUGUCAUGAUGGUAACGUUCUCAAUGGGACAGACUGGACCAAGCAACAGCUCUGCUGCUACCAAACUGUUGACUGUAGCUUGGCAACGUGCAUCAGAAAACAAACAUGCUGUGACAAUGAUAGCUACUGCAGUACACACGAACUCACGUCAUGGACAACUACGACAACUACUACAUUAAUUCCAACGACUAACAAUGGCACCGACAAUGAUACCGUUACCAACACAGCCUUUUCAACAACAACCAUGUCAACGACCACACAACUGCCCUCAACAACGCCAUCUGCGCGGACGUUUUCAUUUGUGUCAGAAGUCGUGGAGUCUUCAGGCGGUGGCGGCGGUGGUGGUAGAAUCGCCAUGUACUUCCGUGUAAAUAUGACCUUCAGUGAGUUCCGAUUUUUGGCUAACGGGGGGUGGCCGGGCCGUGAGUGCGACGAAUGUGAGGCCGGAGGACCGGGGACAGCGUUCUUGUACCACGUGGUUGAAGAACAUCGGACACUCAUCGUUGACAACGACGGUGCACCGGGGCCCCGUGAAAAGUACGUGAAUUGGGACAACCUCAAUCAAGACGGUGGCAGAGCAUGGAUUCUUCCAAUUUCAGGUUAUCAUGCAUUCGCUCAAGGCACAGGAGGGGGAUUUGCUUACGAGUUUGAAGAACUCCAGAUUAACGGUAAUGGCCAUCUUGCGGUAAUGCCUCCAACGGUCAUCAACAUCAACGUAGGGAAUGACGAUGAUAAUGCUCUCGGCGGUGGCGUCAACAUGAACGACUACAACAUCUUCAUCUUCUUCAAGUAUAUGAUCGGUGACCGUACGGGAUCCGUUCACGCUGGAAAUAAACAGGCCAUGGACCUGCUGGCGAACACGCAGCGUGAAGAGAUGGACCUGCCUUUCAAUACGUACACGUACUAUGGGUCUUACCUGGGACUGGCUCCUAUGACGUAUGUCCAUGGGGUUGAAUUGCAUCUGGCUGGGUACUUAGCUAACGUGAACAACGUAACAAUGAGGCUGGGUGGGUAUCUUUGGUUAAAACAUGGCGGUCACACAACACAUGAACCUGAGAGCAGCUACAAAUUCGACUAUCUGAAAAUUCAAGAUGACUCCGUUCUCAACGCUACAACAGAUCCUAUAACUUCUGAAGGCAUAACAUUUUACGUAGAUGGCAUCAUUAUUGAGGGAGGCGGCGUAAUGCACGGAACUUACGUGACGAUCAACGCUCAAAACGUCACAAUUGAUGCUGGCGGUCAUCUAUCAGCUGACGGACUAGGUUACCGGUCUGAGCAUUCGCAUGCUGAACACGGAUCAGGCUCAGUUCAUGGAGUUGUAAACCCAGGGGCACCUGAUGUCAUCAAUGGCGUCGGUGGAGGCGGUGGUCAUGGUGGAUCAGGUGGGAAGGAAGCGUCCAUCACAUCCAGAGCGGGUUUUGCCUAUGGAGAUAUCUAUGAACCGCAGAAAAUGGGUUCCUCUGGUGGCACUGGCGUCCACGGUGCCCCGGGUGGCAGUGGUGGCGGUCGACUAUGGUUUAACGUCUCGGACACUAUUUUCAUUGAUGGUCUGGUCAGUACCAAUGGAGCUGCUGGAGUUAAUGGUUCCGGUGGCGGUUCAGGUGGCUCAAUAUGGAUGCACUGCAAUAUAAUUAAGGGCUAUGGGAAGAUCGUGGCUCACGGUGGCGAUGGAUCCAACUACACAGCAGACACUGGAAGUGGUGGUGCAGGAGGUCGUGUAUCUGUGUACUUCAACAUCAACAAAACGAUGUCGGAGUUCAGGUACCAGACCAUUGGCGGUGCGAAGGGUGGGCCAAACUCUGAAAAUGGAGGGCCAGGAACUGCGUUUGUGUUUCAUAAGCUGGAACAGCACAGAGCGAUCAUAAUGGACAAUGGUGGUAAGCAUCCACGACACGAGCACAACGUCAUAGACAGUUACCACGAUCUUACCUACGACUCCUCCCGGGCAUGGAUCCUGCCAGAGUCGGGAUACAACGAUUUUGCAAAUGGUAAAUUCUCAUUCCACUUUGAAGAGAUUCAAAUUUACGGCGCGGCUCACUUAGCGAUUCUUCCGGAACCGGUUGGUGCGGAAGUUGAUGUUUUUUUCACCAACAUGAUCGGAGACAGGUCAGGGACAGUGCAUCUCGGUGAUUUCCAGGUUAUGGACUUAGAGCGACCGGAAAUCGACCUGCCUUUCAACUGCCGUGUUUACACAGGCGCAUUCAUCGGACUCGCACCUGUCACUAUCAUGCACGGCAUUACCAUCUGGCUGCACGGGGAAAUGGACCACGUUGAAAAUCUUACUCUUCACCAUGACGGCCAUCUUUCUCUAGAGACGGGAGGAUUUACCACGGGGAAUCCCUCAGACGGAUUUGACUUUUUGUGGGUGCGAAUUCAGGACAAUGCUACCAUUAGCAUUCUAACCGAUCCCGUUGCCGAUCCACAAUCUGAUUUCCAAGUUGCAAACGAAAUUUCCAUGGAGGGCGGGUCAAAUUUUGUUGUCACAAAUUCGAAGAUAACAGCAACAGACAUAGUCAUCGACUACGGUGCGUCUUUGCAUGCUGAUGGCACCGGUUACCGCGCUGAUGACCCACAGACGUCAUCAAUCAACAUUGGCAUCGGCGCAUCAAGCGUCGAUGGGUCCUCUGGUGGCGGUUACGGGGGAACAAGCGGCAAGGGCGCCGGAACCGUGCUAACUGGUCAGCCACACGGACAUUUGUUUCAGCCGCAUCACAUUGGCAGCGCGGGAGGAGGUGGUUUUCAAUCUGGAGGUCAGGGUGGAGGGAAAAUAAUUGUAGAGGUAUCCAAUAUGUUCAUGGUUGAUGGAGAAAUUCGCGCUGAUGGGGCUAACGGUCGAAACGCUUCAGGUGGUGGCGGUUCAGGAGGAACGAUUUUCAUCGAUACAUUCCAGUUCCGAGGUAUGGGAAACAUAACGGCUAAUGGUGGUGGUCGGUACAAGGCUGGAUAUGGCAGUGGAGGGUCCGGUGGGCGCAUCGCCCUUUACUUCCGGGAAAACGUGACGUAUUGGGGAAGUUUCCAGUGUCAUGGUGGUUUUUCAACCGGAUUGGCUGAACCUGGUGGUCCAGGGCCGGUGUUUAUCUAUAAUGUCAAAGAAGAGCACAGCACCCUGUACAUCAAUAAUGACAACCUAGAAACACCGACAGAAGUUAAUCUGAUUAGAAACUACGAAGACAUUUCACAAGACAGAUUCAAAGCAUGGGUGAUGCCUGAAUCCUCGGACCAUCGUUUAGCUGGCAACCAAAGCGACUACAGCUUUAACGAGCUUCAAAUAUUUGGAAAUGCUCACCUAGCUCUACUGCCUGAACCCUACACUGGAGGCUGUAACCUGCACUUCAUCCACAUGAUUGGUGAUCGGACCGGCUACAUCCACAUCGGUCCGUUUCAGGAUAUGGACCUCAACCGGCCGUUCCUGGACACGCCGUUCAGUUCUUAUGUGUAUGACGGCGGCUACCUCGGGCUGGCACCAGACACCUUCAUGGAGAAAGUGUUCGCGCACAUCGAGGGGACCGUGGACCACAUUCACAACCUGACCCUCGUUCAAGGCGGUGGACUGCGCCUGUUCAAGACCGGCUCCACCAACAACCUUUCUCCCCUAACGUACAAAAUUCUCGGACUGACCGUCAUCAAGGCGGAGUCCUACAUCAACUGUUCAAACCCCAACGCCGACUCUGACGCAUAUCAGCUGACGUUCGGUUGGACGAUCGUUGAAGGGGGUGGACUGCUGCGAGGAGGAAAUAUUCACGUGAUGGCGACUGAUUUCACCAUCGACGAUGGGGGUUCCGUUGACGUCAGCGAUGGCGGUUAUAGACCGAAUGAAGGACCUGGAGCGGGUAUCGACUCCAGCGGUGGCUCACAUGCCGGUCUGGGUGGACGUGGCGGCUGUGACGGCUACACGACGUGCCGCCUCCACCGGAACAUGCCGUACGGUGAUCUCUACACCCCAGUGGAGCACGGAUCAGGCGGAGGGAUUUCCAAUGGAGGAACCGGUGGUGGUGUGUUACACAUGGAGGUUGCCCACACACUGACGGUGGAUGGCUACAUCAAGGCAAACAGCUAUGACACUGGAAGUAACACCGGGGCUGCGAGUGGCGGCAGUGGAGGAAGUCUCCACAUACAGACAUACAAUUUUACUGGAAGUCACACAGGCCACAUCCAGGCUAUCGGUGGAUCAGCGGAUCUUAUUCAUGGAGGAGGUGGUGGGUCAGGGGGACGUAUUGCACUGUACCAUAGUCGACACCACACAAUCCCCAAAUAUAGGGGAUACUUUGACGUAUAUGGGGGAUCCCCUGGGACACAUGCAGAAGCAGGAUCUUCUGGUACAGCCUACGUUCAGGAUGAUGAGAGGAGCUAUAACAUGCUGAAAGUUGACAACAAUGGUCAGCAGCAGAUUUCAGAAGAAACAGAAAUAUGGAAUGAGGGUGACAGAAUUGACCUCACCUCUUACAGCUCUGAGUACAGCAAGACCACCUCCUACACAACCACUCAGGGACACACAGUGGAGAGUAGCGAGCCCAUUUAUGACUGUUACUGCCACUACUGUAACUGGAGAUGCCCGUACUCAAACGCCCCAACUUACUACCGCCUACACCACCUGUUUGACCAGACAUUGCAUUCCCACGCUGAUGACUACUACAUGGCCUGGGCUCGCUCUGCAACAGUUACUAUUACCCUUGCUGCACCUACCUACAUCAACAAAAUCAAGGUCUACACUGUGGCUGCACACUAUACCAAGUUUAAGGUACUGGGCUAUAAUACUGCUGGUGAGGCAUUUGAUGUGACCCCAAACUACAUUGUACCCAGUUCAAGCCCCAUUCAAGGGGCCUACGUGGACCUUCCAGUUGGCAAGAUAGCUGCCAAGUUUGAGUUCCUUCUAUCUGGCCAUGAGAACAAUAUUUACUCAUAUGCAGCUUUGUCUGAGAUUGAAAUCUUUGAAGAGGAGUCACCUGAAGAAUUGAGGUACAAGCACAUCAGCCUUCAUGGAGCCUCCACAUGGAUCCUGGCAGAUUCCGGUCAGUCAUUUGACUUCAGUGAGGUUUACAUACAGGGACAUGCCCACCUGGGCUUCAGACCGAAAAACAGCUACACUGAUGCUGUGUCCAUGUUUGCUGGCAAGGUUGUCGGUGAUAAAACUGGCUAUUUUCAUAUUGGGUACAACCAGGAUGUGACGGUGAACUCCACAGACUAUGACGUCCCCUUCAACACACAUGUAUAUGAGAAGGGACAUAUCACCUAUCCACCAAGAAACUUCUUCUACAAGACAAAAUUGCUUUCCUCAGGAAAGGUGUCAGGUAUCGAGGAUCUGUAUGUGUUCAAGGAAGGCCAUGUUGCAAUAGAUAGGAAUGGUAGCCUAGCAACCAGCCACUCUCCGGCGACUGUGUCCCUCAAAUCCCUGCAUGUUCAAGAGGGUGGAACAUUUGAAAUGUCCUCUGACACACCAACCAUAGGAUUUAUCAUUGAUGCCACAAACAUCUCUGUUUAUGGCGGUGGCCAUUUCUUGAUCAACACUGGGCUUAAUAUGACAGUCCACCACCUUCUGGCUGUGUACUCGGGUGGUAAGAUCGACCUGAGUGGUGCAGGAUACCAGCCUAACUCAGGGCUGGGGGGACCUGGAGCAGGCAUUGGUUCUACUGCUGGUGGAAGUGGAGCUGGUCAUGGUGGCAGUGGAGGCCGAGGCUCUAGUCUUGGCAAGGUUGGCACUGGGUAUGACUCCAUGUACAACCCUAAUGGACAUGGCUCAGCUGGAGGAUAUGGACACUAUUUCGGUGACCUGUACUUUGGAGACCAUCCUCAUGGCAACCAGAUGAUCUUCAAGACACUAGGUGGUGCUGGUGGUGGCUACCUGGAGAUAAAAAGCCGACAUGUGGACAUUGAUGGGCUUGUGGCGGCCAAUGGCAAGGCUCCUGACACAAGAUUUGACAGAGGAUCUGGUGGUGGAUCUGGUGGCUCAAUCUGGAUUGUGUGUGAGGAGAUAGUGGGUCACGGCACAAUAACAUCUAAUGGCGGGGAUGGAGGAGGCCCAGAAGGGGCAGCAGGAGGCGGUGGUGCGGGCGGAAGAAUCUCUGUACAGUGUGACAACGUCCUCAAGUUUAACAUCUCCAUGAGGGCAUACGGCGGUGUAAGCAACAGCGAGACGGGCGGAGCAGGCACUUCCUACCUGGAGUCCAGCUAUAGCAAUGGCACUCUGAAAAAACAGAAGAUGUUAGUGGACAACAAUGGCCACGCUUACCCCCACGCCUCCAUAUACAGCCAAGGUGACCUUCGCAGCCUGCUCAAUGGUGAAUACGGGGACAUUACAUAUGCCGGCGGUGUAACAUGGCUUUAUCAUGAAGAGUUACAGUACCGCUUCAAAGAGCUUGAUGUACGCGGAAAUGCCCAUGUUGCCAUUCUGAGUGACACAGAUAAUGAGGUGAUUGAUGUACGAGUAGAAUUUGUGUGGGGAGACAGGACUGCAGUGUUACAUGCAGGCAAGAACCAGACGCUCGGGGUCAUAGAAGUGGACACCUACCUUCCAGCCAAUUUGGCCUCGUACAGGUACAGCAGGAUUGAGGUUCCCAACAAAGUGAAUAUAAGAGAAGUAUGGGCUGAAAUCAAUGGAACAAUAGAAGGUAUGGACGUGAUCACUGUGGAAAAUCAGGGAGAGCUGUACAUCUGGUCACACGCCAACUCCGACGGCUACAAUAUUGGAGAGAUCAAGGCUACCAACAUCUCGGUACGGGCAGGAGGAAAGUUUGAGCCUCUGGCUGCCGUCAAUGGCAAACAGAUGAAAGUGUAUGUGACUCUGCUCGUUAUCAAUGGAAAUGGUUAUGUGAGAACUAACAAUCUACAGCUGAAUGCUACAAAUGUGACUAUCGACCUAUCAGGUGAAUUCCAUGCUGACUUCACUGGUUACCCUGGUGGUGAGGGACCUGGUUCCGGUAGGAACAUCCACAUAAACGAGUCUGGCGGUUCUGGUGGAGGUCAUGGGGGUCGGGGCGGCAGGGCGAAGUCUGGAUACCACACAGCGUAUGCCUAUGACUCCAUCUACAAUCCAGCCGAGAUGGGCAGUGGCGGUGGGAAUCCACCUCAUGGUGGCGGUGGUCGCGGUGGAGGCAUUAUGUACCUGUACAUUGUCGACGAACUGCGGGUCGAGGGUCGUCUCCAUAGUAACGGAGAGAAUGGUCAGAACAGCCAAUCCGGUGGUGGGGCAGGUGGCUCCCUCUAUCUCAGUGUGAACCACUUGGAUGGCACAGGAUCUAUUGAGGCUACUGGUGGUGAUGGAGGUACCUAUGGCGGAGGUGGUGGCGGUGGUAGGAUGGCUAUCUACCACACCAUAGAAAACCACUUCACCGGAGACUACAUUAUAUAUGGCGGUAAGGGCCCAUACCACUAUGGUGGGUCUGGGACUGUCUACAUUGAGGACCGCAGUGUCUCCCCUGCCUACAGGCAUCUACGCGUUGACAAUGAUGGACGAACCACCAGUAACCGCAUCUAUGAAGUUGAGAGACUUAACCUCACAGGGAACUACCUCUCCACCAACGGCUGGCCCGACACAUAUUUCCAAACCCACAGUGGUAUUAACAUCACCUCUGAUGUACGCCCUGCCACAUACUACCCAUACUAUUACUACCACUAUCAUUACCUAUACUACACUGUGUGGCCUCUAAGCCACCUGUUUAAUGACAAAAAAGCCAAUGUGCAGACAUUUUUCAUGGCACCUGCCCAAAAAGCAACCUUGACCUUCGACCUUCCUUUUAAGACCUACGUGGAAUAUCUCAGGGUUUAUCCAUUCUGUAGCACUGACUACUGGAAAACAUCAAUAACUGAGAGGCAUUAUGGCUCUCUGGUGACAUACUACUCUGUCGAGACUUCACUGUCCGGAGGUGCAGGCUCUAACAGGACUGAUGGUUUUGUGACUACAGACUACUGCCAGACACAGUCAGAGGAUGACCAGUAUGGCAUUGUUGAGAUCAGGGAUAACAUUGACCAGAUCAUUGUAAGCUUGAAGGCCAUGGGAAGUUACGUUGCCCUGAGCGAAGUUGAGAUUUAUGUUCGAGAGGACCCGACAGCCACCUCCCAGACGCUGUACAGUAACGAUAAUGGCACAAGCUAUAUCAUGCCAGAGGGUGACAUGAAGGACUUUGAGUUUGAUAAGCUGGACAUCCUUGGCGGAGCUUCCUUGAAUCUGGAUGGUGAGGACAUGACCUUGACCGCCCACGAGAUUGAGGGAGAUGACACGGGGCGAGUGACCGCCCGCAGCACCCAGCGGUAUGAGAACACUCAAGCCCGCGUCCUGCAGACCAUUGGCAUCCUCUCACGACGCGAGUCCACUGUCAACCUACCCCCUGAGCUGGACUGCAGGGGCAUUGACAUGUACAUCAAAGGUCACUUCCGGUCCAUGGAGAAUAUCACAGUAAAUGCCAGAUGCAAUCUGACAAUUGACCAUCAUGUGCAGACAACAAAUAUCAUAGAAAACCUGGAUAUCAAGACGUUCGGUUCUGUGAAUGUGUUCACAGAGGAUGAGGCCCUCACCACACUGCAGGGAACCAGUCUUACAGUCAGAUCCGGGGCCAGGCUGACAUCGAAUGACCUGAAGCUGGUUUACUACAAUGUAACCCUUGAACCCUAUGGCCUGCUGUCUGUCUCUGAGGGAUGUCCAUACAACUGGCAACACACAGGUGUUGGAGCCGGCCAUGGAAAUGUAGGCGGAAGUUCUGGAGGAGGUCAUGGUGGUAAUGGAGGUCGGGGUCAAGCAGAGGCUUACGCAGGAGGGGCACAUGGCUCUUUCCUCUACCCUACUGAUUUUGGCAACAAUGGGGGCUAUGCUUUGUUCCCCCACAGGGCUGGCAUCGGUGGCGGGAGACUGUACUUGAAAAUCAACCACACACUCACUGUGGAUGGAUUCCUUGUGGCUCUAGGAGGAAAAUGGAGGUCUGUGGCUUCAGGAGGUGGCAGUGGUGGGAGCAUCCACAUUGAGACUUAUACAAUUGAUGGAAAUGGACAGAUAGAUGCUUCUGGUGGCAGUGGUUAUGCAGGGAAUUGGGCUCCACAUGGAGGAGGCGGUGGUGGAGGUAAAAUAGCCCUCUACUACAUGUAUAACUUCUAUGUUGGUGACUUUAUCAACCAUGGUGGUGCAGCAGGCAGCAACUCUGAACCUGGAGGGCCUGGGACGGUGUAUCUCCACCAUCUACCAGACAUGAUAGAUGGACAGCCUCCAGCAGGCUUCACUGACAACAGGACCCUGUACCUGAACAACAAGGGCUACGAGCCCCUGGACCCCUACCGUAACCUGACAGACACCUACAUAGACUACCCUGCAGCUAGCGGUGUGGCCUGGAUCUGGCCCGGGGAAUACCCACCACUGGUCAAUGUUUUCAACAAUACAGUGAAUCCGGACAGUGAUAUUACAUUAGACUAUCUCAAGGUGUAUGAGAAAGCCCAGGUUGCAAUGGUUCGGCCAAUCUACACAGACCUGAUCGAUCUCAUCAUCGGUUACACAGAGGGCGACCGGUCAGGACAUCUACAUGUCGGCUACAAUGAGACACUCUUCAUAGGCACGGGACAACUGCCUCUCCAUAUGUCCCUUUACCAUGGUAGUACAACAACUCUACAAGGUGAACUCUUUGUGGCGGGCGUCACUGUCAUGAUUGAAGGCAUCGUCGCUGGUGUGGAGAACAUGACCAUUGUGGAUAGCGGAAUUUUGAAGAUAAACUACAUGAUGGAUCUGGAUUUCCAACGCAUUGAUGUCAUCAGGUUCACAGCCUUCUUUGUUCGCAACGGUGGCUCCAUCGUCAUGAACAAUGACAUCUUCAAGCACAUGAUGUAUGGAGAUAUCAUGCAGGUGUUCCCAGGUGGCUCAUUCUCGGCCAAGUACCUGUAUGUGGAAAUUACCUCCCUGUAUGUAGAUGUGAUGGGCACGUUUACUGCUGAUGGGACAGGCUUCUGUAACAUGAUGGGCCCUGGGUCGGGCUACACCUAUGCUGGUGAUUAUGGGCUUAAUUUUGGAACUGGCGGAAGUCACGGGGGUGAAGGAGGGGCAGGUAACUCCAGUAUGGAAACACCCACUGCGUAUGGCAACUUUAUCUUCCCAGACAGAUUUGGCAGUGCUGGUGGGGAUGGCUCUUCCUCGAGAGGCGGGUGUGGCGGUGGUAUCCUGAUCCUGAAUGCCAGUACCGAGAUUCGUGUGGAUGGCACAUUAUCUGCAAACGGAGCCGAUGGUGGGUCAAGAGCUGGCGGUGGCGCUGGUGGCAGUAUAUUCAUCACAACAGACCACUUUGAUGGCUCUGGGGAAAUACAGGUGAAGGGAGGCAGUGGUUACAACGGAGGCGCAGGCGGUAGAAUGAGCACCAUCUACGACUACUCUAACUAUAUCGGCACGUUCCAAUCCAGCGGUGGGGAUCCUUCCGGUGGAGAGACUGGAGCAUCUGGAACAGUGUUCACCAAGGAUACAGCUACUGAUGGGAAGAAAACAGUAAAGAUCUACAACAGGAAAGGAGAGGGGUUUGAGCAAGCAGCAAAGUCUCGACGUACCCGUAUUUCUAUCCCGGAGUCCAAGACGGAAGACCAUGACAUCGACACGCUUGACCUUGGAGACUAUGCCCAGGUUGGACUCCUAGCAACCGACAAUGAAGGAAAUGCUGUAAUAGGUCGAAGAAAUCUCUACCUGCAGUUAGUGGAGGGUGACUACACGGCCACAGUUCACAUAGAGGAGGGCAUGUGGCUCAAUAUUGACUUCCAAAACUCUGCCAUCCUCUCAUUCAGCAUUGCUGUCUACCCAGAUGCUGAAGUAAACUUGCCAUCAGACACAUACCUCAAGGAUGUGACUGUGUUUGACUAUGGAGGCACCCUAAAGGGCAUUGAGACAUUCAACAUAUCUCGUGGUGGAGCCGUCAAGAUUUACCCGUUAGAAGCGUCCAAUCCACACUUUAAGUCCAUUGUGUACGACCUGAACACCAUCAGUAUCCUGGAUGGCGGGACUUUCAGCUACUACGGGAAGGCAGAGAAUGAUGACUUCCUCACUGUCAACCUAGCUGGAGACCUGAUGAUACGAGGUGGUGGGGAAAUGAACGUCAACCAUUUGAAGCUCACAUCUGUGAACAUCACAGUAGAUUCAGAAGGCUUACUCAGUGCGAGUGCAGGAGGGUUUGCCCCAGGGCAGGGUGCGGGGGCAGGGAUAAGCAACACCCAAGGAAGUUCCGGGGGGUCACAUGGAGGACUUGGAGGUGUUGGAUCUGGGACAUCGUAUGCAGGACAGGCACAUGGCAGUACUCAUACACCAUUUUCAUAUGGUAGUGGAGGAGGCACUGAUGGUUCAGCUAGCACCGGCUAUGGAGGAGGUAUUCUGGAACUGGUUGCCACCGGUUACACAGAGGUGGAUGGUACCAUUGAGGCAAAUGGGGAGGACACCAGUGAUCUCUAUACAGGUGGUGGGGCUGGUGGCUCCAUCCUCCUCACUACUGCUCACUUUACUGGUACUGGUCUGAUAUCAGUCAAGGGUGGAGCCGGUGCAUGUGUACCCGGCUGUGCCAAUUGUGACUCCAGUCGACGAUGUCUCCAGUGUCAAGCUGGGUACACCUGGAUGGAAUUUGUUUGCAAGAACGACUACAUUUUUGAAGAGAGAGCUGGAGGUGGUGGUGGCGGUGGUCGUGUCGGGAUUUGGGUCUCAAACUCCACAAACAACUACCGCGGACAAUAUAAGAUACAGGGAGGAAAGAGCUUCUCGGAGAGUGGCGGAUCGGGUACUGUCUUUGUACGGGCACCCAACAGUGAAGGAUUGCUGGAAUCUUCUCUCACAAUUGACAAUGAUAAUGCAGUGCCAAAAGAUAUCUACAUCACAAACAAAACUGCUGAUAGCUGCCGGUCUUAUGUCAUCACCCAGUCUGGCGAUGACGCUGAAGAUAUGACAUUUGAUCAUGUGUAUAUCAAUGGCGAUGGCCACCUAGCCUUUAAAAAGACAUCCGACUCAGCUGAUGUUGAUGUUAAAAUCCUUUACCUUCACGGAGACUUAAGUGGCAUGGUGCACACAUCUGUAGACCAGAAGGUGCAGAUUGUGAACAGUGACAGCCCAAUACCAGCAUCGUUCAGGGUGUAUGAUGCUGCUACCAUAGAACUGCCACAGGACCUUUACUUCCAAGACCUGAAGUAUACGGACAUCUACAUUGAUGGUCAGAUAGAAGGUGUGCAGAAACUCAGUUUGGGACAAGGAGUUAACUUCCUGAUUGGAGAAAAUGGCUACACAAGUGGGUACAGCAAGCAGACAUUAGCCUUUGACACAGUUGAGGUGUUUGCAGACGGUAAGAUCUCCUCAGCAUAUAUCGACGAACAUUCUCCGUCACUUAUACUCAAGAUCGGGUCCAACAUCAGGCUUAAUGCAGGUGCAACUAUUGAGGCCUCCUGGGUUAAGAUAGAUGCAACAGGGGCCACAAUCCAGAUUGAGUCCGCCAGCAUGAUCAACUCAAGUUUCUCUGCCCCUGUCAAUCUAGACCAAGACGGAGUGUCCACAGACGCAGGGGGAGGGUCAGGAGGAGGAAGCGGGGCCGCAGGGGGUCAAGGCUCAAUACAGGAUUAUGUGGGCCCACCACCAUCCGAGGGCUCCAUCUACGAGCCCCGUCAGUAUGGAGGAAGCGGAGGAUCAGGGGGAGGGUCCUUGUCAGAUCACCGAUGUUCCAUCAGCCCCAUACAGCUGGGAGGGAAGGGAGGUGGAGUAAUAGAGCUGCUAGCAGACAACCUGAUGCUUGAUGGAGAACUAAGAGUUACAGGCGGAGAUGCUCUCGGUCCCCGGGGUGGGGGAGGGGCGGCUGGCAGUGUCUACAUUGUGGUGAACACCCUGUCAGGAGAUGGAACCAUAUAUGCCAAUGGAGGAUCAGCGGGCAGCAGUUUUGAUACAUCCGGAGUGUCUCCCAGCUUAAAUGAGUCUUCCUUAUCAUCUAAUGCAUCAGAUUCAGCAAACACCUCAGAUUCCAACUGUUUGGGAGGUGGUGGGGCAGGAGGGCGUGUCUCUCUCAACUUCAAUGAUGACUCUGCAUUCUCCGGCGUGGCUAAAGUCUAUGGAGGAAGAGGCUACGAGUGUGGCGGAGCAGGAAUACUCCUCAAACAAGACUUAGAUGAUGGCACAAAGAAGCUGUUUGUAGAUAACGAGGACGUUUGUACUCCACUGGAUCCCACCAUUGAUUGGGACCUGCUGACCAGGACUCACAAGGGGCAGCUCAGUUUCCACACUUGGCUGUUUGACGAAGGGGACUCACAUGAACAUGUCUUUGAUGAGGUGACAUUGAGUGGACAAGCCCAGCUGGCCCUUUACCGACUCAACAAUGAGGCUUACACACAGACUGUCACAGUGAAAAAAUCCCUUGGGAAUAAGUCUGGAAAGUGGCAUGUUGGUCCGUACCAGCGGAUAUCGACCAGCCUACCACAAGACAGCCCCGAGCUUGAGUUUGGUAUCUUUGUAUAUGAUCUGGGGACCAUGUUGGCUGAACAGACCCUUAAUGUUAAGGGUAUCACUAUCGAGAAUGAGGGAAUCCUUAGUGGGGUGGAGCACCUCGUCAUUGGACCCAAUGGUGUCAUGAUUCUAAGACCAGACACAUCAUCGUCCAUUCCUGAGAUCAGUUUCAUCAGUGUGACAGUGAAGGGGGGUGGGACCCUAAAGAUAGAGACAGAGGGGCGUGGCAUGAAACUUGUAGGGACAGAAUUCAUAGUGGAGAGCGGGGGACUGGUUGAGGUUGACAAUGUGAUCAUUGAAGCUACCACACUCAAGAUUGAAGACUCUGCUUACUUCUCUGCAGAUGCACAGGCUGUUCACUCUGAUGGAGGCCCUGGUGUAGGUCUUUCUGGGCGAGGAGCUGGACAUGGAGGCCAGGGAGGGAAGGCCACAAACUACACAGACGAGACAAUAGCUUCUGGGGGUGGCAUGUUUUAUGGGAAUGUAGAGGUCCCUGCCCAGGCCGGCAGUAAUGGAUACUUUGAAGACUUUGUCUCUACAGUAGUGACCAAGGGCGGUGGUGUAAUCAGAUUGGACAUCUCUGGUACUGCCUAUGUGGAUGGUGUGAUAAGCAGUAAUGGAGAGAGAGGCACUGACCAAGCUGGAGGAGCCAGCGGUGGGAGCAUCAUACUCAACACUCAACAUUUCAACGGCAAGGGCAAGGUCACUGCUAAUGGGGGAGAUGGCACAUCAACAACAGGUGGGGGUGGAGGUGGGCGUGUUGCCAUUACCUACACUACCUCCUCUCAGUUUACCGGCAAAUGGAAAGCUUACGGGGGCAGGUCUAGCCACUGCCCAGGUGGAGCGGGCACAGUGUUGGUUGCUGCACUUACCAAGACACUUCUCUAUGUGGAUAACAAGGAGCCAUACACUGGACAACAAGCCAUUGAGACCUACACCUCAUCAGGAGUGGCAAACAGGGACUUUGGACGAACCUGGAUCGUGUUCCCAAGUUCAGGCUCUCUGAUUGUGGAUAAACUGUACCUUUUGAAUGGAGCACAUCUAGCCCUGGAGCCUGUAGACAGCCCCGAUUCUCCUGGGUUCAAUUUCCAGACUGAGGGCUUCUUUGGAGAGGGCUUUGUGACUAAUAAAGAGAACCUUGGGACCAUCCAUGUUGGACCUUAUCAGACAUUUAAUGUCAAAGCCAUAGACCUGUACUUCCCAGCCAAUGCAGAGGUAUAUGUUGGUGGCCAACUGUCCAUGCCAUCAAAGGUGAAAUUGAUCAACAGUAACAGUACUGUUCAUGGCACACUCGGAGGAAUCACUGAGCUCACCCUGGCCAAGUCAACGCUUACACUGACUUCUACAAGCAAAUCACAGGGUAGCAAAGAGGCUGCCAAGUUCACCAUCUCCACAGUGAACAUCAUGGCUGAGGGUGUCCUAGACAUGACAAAGGAUGUUCGGUACCAGCUUUACCUGAGUUCACUUUACAUAGCCCCUUCCGGUACCAUUGAGGCUUCAGAACUAUACAUUAGUACAGACAGUGCCACUAUAGAGGAGGGGGGACAGAUCAACCUUGCUGAGAGGGGGGAGAUAAUGAACGGAGAUGGCUACCUGCCCCACUACGGAGCUAGUCACAGCGGCGAAGGUGGGGGUAAUCGCAACUCCUCCGGGGUCACACGAGGGCUCGUAUAUGACAAUUUCCUGCAGCCCACCCUGAAGGGGUCUGGAGGAGACACAACAUAUGGCGGAGGAGCCAUCAAACUGGAGGCCACAGGAACUAUUGAGAUUGAUGGUGAAAUCAAUGCAGAUGGGGGCAGUGCCACCUCCCUAAAUGUGGAUGGUAUAACAGGCAACUAUGGUGGUGCUUCUGGAGGAAGUAUCUGGAUAACUUGUCAGACUGCCAAGAUCAGUGGUCAAAUCCAUGCGCAUGGUGGUUCUGCAACCAGCUCUGGUGCAGGCGGUGGAGGAUAUAUCGCUGUCUACUUCACUGAUGGAUAUUUGGAUGACAGGGACAUGACAGCGUAUGGAGGAACUUCUACAAAUGGGGAAGAUGGGGCCUCCGGGGUCAUCUACAUACAGGAGAAUGGAUAUAGAAGGGCCCUUGUGAAAAGUCUGGUGUCAACACCCUGUUCUUCUACAUUGGGAGUUCCAAACACCGUCCUCAGUGCAAACCUUGACCUUUUGGAGGUGAUAGGUCCAGCCACAGCAGCGUUCCAAGGAAGGACCACUCUACCAUCCCUUACUGCCAAUGUGGGCACAAUAAAGGGAAACCCUUACUCUGUGUUCACUGUACAGGAGAAUGUGGUUCUCUACUUGGCCACUAGGGUCGGUAUAGUGAAUGACCUGAGUAUUCGGGCAAAUAUACAUGUGGCUGAAGGCGGCAAGAUUGACAUGCCCAAGAAUGUGAUCAUUGAUAAAGGCUGGUGGCUGGAUGUUUGUGGAACAGUUUCUGCUAGUACCAAUGUACUCACUAUAAGGGAAAAGGGUGAACUGAAAAUGUCGAAGCCUGCCGCUGACCUUGCAAUUCAUACUGUGGUGGUCGACUAUGAAGGAAUUAUGGACCGCUCACAGUACUGCACCACUUCAACAGCACCAGUGGUAAUGUCCCUGACAUACUUCAACAAAACAUCAGAGUUCUCACUGGAUACCUCCAAGUACACACUGAGUAAAGGAACCCCGGGCACUGUGUCACCAACUGGCUCUGCCUUAGAAGACACAUACUGUGCUCAAACUGGAGCUCUGACCUUGAAGAGAAACCAACACUGCACAGUGAAGACAGGCACCUCUUAUUCAUUCACAACACUCACAAUCAACCCAGGAGCUGAGAUAAGAGUUGAAGGGAGCGAAACUGGUUCAGGCACCACUACAAUAUCGGCCACUAAUCUGAACAUCAUGUUUGGUGGGUUGAUUACUGGGGUGGGUGCAGGUUAUAAGUCAUCAGGACCUGGGGCAGCUUCAUCUGGACAAGGUGCUACUCAUGGAGGGAAAGGAUAUGAGAACAGCAAAGCAGCUUAUGGAAACAUCAAGAAUCCAACAUCAUAUGGCAGCAACGGAAAUGGUGCAACGUCCAGCUCCGGCAGGGGUGGUGGUCAGAUCAAACUCCAGGUGACCAACACAUUGACCAUAGAUGGCAGUAUUGACAUGAGCGCGGACUCUGGAGGAGCAGGAAGUGGAGGGUCAAUUUGGGCACAGGCUAAAACAAUCAGUGGGAAUGGCUAUAUGAAGGCUGAGGGGAGUCAGGGUGGUGGUGGAGGAAGGAUUGCAGCUAUUGCCUCAACAAAAAACAGCUUUACUGGCACAGCCUCAGCUAAAGGUGGAGAGAAUGAUCAUGGAAACAUAGGAAGCUCAGGAACUGUUUUCCUUGAGAGUCCGGGCUCCAGUGACUGUAUUGUGGAUGGUAAGGGUGAUGCAGUGACCAGUAUCGACAGUGACUUGGACAAACUGACUAUCUCCAAUGGGUCCUUUGUCAUUAUUGACAGCAGUGUGACCAUUAAGGAACUUGUGUCACAUGAGGAUGGCGAAACUACUAACAUGUGUGAACUGAAAAUCCCAGCAUCUGUCACUCUGACUGUUACCACUAUGGGUGAUCCAGACAAAGGCUUUGCUUGCAAAAUCAACAUAGCAGAUGAAGGGGCCUUGAUAGUUAGUGGUGGCCUUAUUGUGACUGGGGAUUCCCCUGUCCUUGACCUUCAGGGCUCUGUUACUGCUGAUGCCCUCACAAUUGACAACCAUGGAACAUUCACUGUGGCACCCACUGGUAAAGUGUUCACAAACACAUUGGUACUCUCAGCAUGGUCAACAACAACUGUUGCUGAAACAGCUGUCUUCGGAAAUGACCUGACCAAAAUAACGGUUGACAACUUUGAGAUUGGAUACAAAGCCAAUGUCUCAUUUGCUCACAGUGAGCUGACAGUAGAGAGUACCGCUUUCAAAAUGGAUGCCCUAUCAAGGUUUGAUCUAGGGGGAACAAAGAAGAAACUCUCUCUUACUGGCACUGACUUAACUAUCCAAGAUGGUGCAUUAAUUAAUGUAAAUGGUGGCGGUGACCUAGAUACUGGCACUGGGUCAGUUACUGGACUUACUGGGGCAAGUUUCGGUGGAGUAGGGGGAAACAGUUCAGCUGCUACAUACGGUUCUACCAGUCUACCUGCCAGCUAUGGGAGUGGCUCAUCUGAUGCAAGAGGAGGUGGCAUUCUGGAGUUAGUCUUCACAGGAACGAUUGAGUUGGAUGGCACUUUAACAGCUGAAGGAGAAUCAUCUGAAAUAACAGGAGGAGCAAGUGGGGGUAGUGUCUACAUCAAGGCUUCUACAUUACAGGGCCAUGCUGUUGUGUCAGUCAACGGUGGAAACAGUAAAGCUGCUGGCGGUGGAGGAGGUGGUGCUGGGAGAAUAGCUAUUGUUGCCACAACAUUGUCCAGUUUCCUUGGUAACGUGAAAGCAGUGGGUGGUUAUGGAAAUGGUUCUCAUGGCGCAGCAGGAACAGUCUACAAACAGUACCAACAGUCUGGAGGAACUGAGUUUAAGACGAUCACUGUUAAUAACAAUGCCCAAAAAUCUGACUCAUACACCCAUGUAUCAGGUUUGACCUACGUCACUGACCUGAUCAUCAAUGGAUAUGCUCAAGUGAAAUUUGAUGGCACAUAUGCAAUAACAAUAGACAAAAUUUCAGGUGAUUACACAGGAACUCUUACAAUAAUAUACGGUCAGUUCUAUGACAUUGCCACUAGCUAUGGUACACUGACCCCAUAUGCACUGGAGUGCAAGACAAUUAUUGAGGAGGGAGGCCAAGCCACAAUUCCAUCAAAGAUUCUUCUCACAGAUGAUGACUCAACUGGUAUUGACUGGUAUAAUCUGGAAGUGUAUGGAACAGUUAUUGGUGUGAGAGAAAUGACAGUCUCAUCUGGUGGUAAAGUAUUGAUCCAUUCAAAAAGCAGAUCUGGAAUUGAUACCUCAAAUCUAAGACCAGUUGGAACACUCAGUUUCAAUGUCAUUGAUGUGACUACAGAUGGGGUGUUAGAAAUUGCCCUUGACAGUAUGGACAGGUAUGAAAUCUCAAUGGUGAAAGAACUGAAUGUCAAAUACGGAGGUCAUGCUAAAGGAAGACACCUGCUUGUUAGUUCCCCAAAAUUAGAAGUAGCCUACGGAGGUCAGCUAAGUGUGAAUGGAGGAAACUUGGACACUGGAAUAGCUGCAGGAAGCAAUGGUACAACAGGAGCAGGUGGCACAAAUGGAGGAAAAGGUGGUGACUCUAUAGAUGGUUUAACUCCAGUCAAAAAUUUCACUGGAAACUUCAAUCAGGCUCAAAAUUUGGGUUCGGCGGGUGGAGCAGGUAAAAAUGAACCCGGAGCUCUUGGUGGUGGAUACUUGAUGCUAGAAGUGAACACUCUCCUCGAUGUUGAAGGCACGAUCAGCGCUGAUGGUGAUGACAGUAUAGAUGAUGCUGGUGGUGGCAGUGGUGGUGCCAUUGACAUUGCAGUCAUAAAAGACAUGACAGGCUCAGGACAAAUAUCUGUAAGGGGAGGCAAUGCUGUGUUAGGUGGUGGUGGUGGGGGAGGAAGGAUUCACAUCAAAGUUGAUGGAGAUUUCCACUAUCUUGGUGAAUAUAAGCUCUGUGGUGGAUCAUCAACACAGGCUCAGACAGGUGGAUCAGGGACAGCUUAUGCGGUUGUGCAAGAGGCAGGGUCACCGGGAUAUGUUGAGAACUUCUACUUUGACAAUGGAUGUGCAACUGGAGUAACUGAUGGUGUAUCAUACAUUGAUGUCACGCUGGGAAACCUCUACUCAGUGAACAGACUAAACAUAGGUGAAAACACCAAGGUGUGGCUGUACACUGAGGGACUCCACUUUAAGGCCAAGACCUUGGAGUGUGGUACGGGAAGUACGCUUGUGGUUGGGGACAAGACUAUCUUCAGUCCAGACUAUGAGCUGACAUACAGUGCAAUCACCUGUAGCUUUGACCUGAAACCAGACGGAGAGCUGAGACUUCCCAAGUCUGUGGAGCUUAAAGGAGAGGCCAGCUCUUUAGAGGGCAUACUGUCCAACAUUCAGAACCUGAUCAUCUCAUCAUACCAGAAGGUAACCCUAUCAGCCAAUGCCAGAACUGGUGUCUGCUGUGAUGCAAAUGGAGACCACACAUCUCUAACAGAGCAGGGCCGAUAUAGUUUUUCAAAAUUCACACUAGAGAGCUACGCUGAGGUGAUUUUCAAGAAAGACCCAACUGAGUUGAAGGGUAUCCAGUUUGUGGAGCUUGAGCUGCAGUAUGGGUCAAAACUGACCGGUGAAAGUUUGGACAUUACGGCCACUAAAGUGACCCUUCACUCUGGCUCCACACUGUCACUUCAGGGAGGAGGGUAUGAUGCAGAGUCUGGGCCUGGGGCUGGUCAUAUGGAUGGUGACAUUGGCCUCGGUGCGGGCCAUGGGGCAUCAGGUGGCACCCACAGUGCUAGCGUAUAUGGCGGAUACCCGUAUGACAACACUCGACUGCCAAUGGAGCCAGGAAGUGGGGGUGGUAACUCCCUCAACGGAACGGGUGGGGCAGGUGGCGGAUACCUCAGGCUUAACUUGUUCUCUGCUCUCACUGUGGAUGGCACCAUACAAGUAAAUGGCAACCCAGGUUCAGGAACAAAUGCUGGUGGUGGCAGUGCAGGCACCAUUGUGAUUUCAACUCCAACAAUGAGUGGUAAUGGGAAGUUUCAGGCUAAUGGAGGGGCUGGCCUUGGAUAUGGAGGGGGAGGAGCUGGCGGAAGAAUCUCCAUCAUUGUAACAUCACAAAAUUCCUUCACUGGGGAGACAACUGCCUAUGGUGGAGGCAAUGACCACAACCUGGACACAGUAAAGGCUGGACCUGGCACCACCUACCUGCUGACUGGUCAGUCCCCGCGGCAGUCCCACUCACUGACCAUUAAAGGAAAUGUAGACAGCUCCGUACAGGAACAGACAUACACAAACAUAAAUGGAGACCCUGCUAAUAACGAAUUCACAUACAACAUGCUCACACUCUCUGGGUAUGCCAAUGCCAUAUUCGGAGAUGCCGACACAGAGCUCAGAUUGGCUGACAUCACUGGAGACAAGACCGGCACUCUUUUUGUGACUGACCAACAGACGGUCAGGGCUGCAGUGGUGGAAGGGGUCAUUGGGGAGUUCAUUACAACCAUCAACUUUGACAUAGGUGAAGAAGCCAUCCUUCAUGUGCCUGAUACUCUCUAUGUGGAUGGAGUGACACUGAACAUCAAGGGGACAUGUACAUUUAACAACCUGGUUGUGGAAAAUGGAGGCACUAUUCAAGGUCACCUGACGACCUUCACCUCCUCAUAUGCCAAUGGAGAAUAUACACCCACAAGUGAGCCAGGCAGUUACACACUGGUCUCUAUCAAGCUCAAGGCAGGAUCACAGUUCCUGAUACCUGCUGGUGGUCUUAAGUUGAUCAUAGGGACCCUUGAACUGAAACGGUUUGUCGUCAUGGAAGCAGAGUUUGUCAACCUGGUGGCAGUGAAUCUGAUUCUAGAACGUGAAGCAGCCUUAAGCACCAAUGGCAAAGCAGCAAUAGAUGACCCUCUGGUCCCAAUAACUGCUCAUGGUAUCAGCAAGAAUGGUGGGGCCAACACAGCAGCUGGAGGCGUGGGCGGUAACUACUCAGUAGAAGAUGCUUCUGUGCCCUUUGGUACAAUCUACACUCCUCAAACCCCAGGAGCCUCAGGAGGACAAGGUGGAAAGGGUGGAGGGUACAUAUACAUUCAGACUAAUGAGCUUAUUUUAGACGGAAUCCUGAGAUCAUCUGGGGCAGACUCAUCGACAGGAGGAGGUGGAGCUGGUGGAAGUAUCUAUGUUAUCUGCAGUGUUGCCCUUAAAGGAUUGGGCUCAAUGGAGGCCAUUGGUGGAUCUACAACUGAGUCUGAUGCUGGAGCAGGUAGUGGUGGUCAUAUUGCUGUUCACAUGAAGGCUGAUUUCUAUGAGGGCUCUUACAGUGCAGGUGGAGGUACAUCCCCUGCACCACAUGGAAAUGCUGGGCCUGGUUCUAUAUAUACACUGUCCAAUACUUAUGGGGAAAAAUUGGUCUGUGACAACACCAAUGGUCAAACAGACUACUAUACCACUCUUGAUGAAUCUGACCUCGUUCUCAACUUUGAUGAAGUGGAUAUCUAUAAUUAUGCCCAGCUACAGUUAGUUAAGGAUGGACAACCAAGAGAGCUGAACAUUCUCAAAAUCAAUAGCGACGGAACUGGUUUGGUUAGAAUCCAAACAAAUCAAAAGGGAACCCUUGAGAGAUCACAGACUGAUACAAGAGCAAACUCAAAACUUCAAGUAAAUAUCGAACUGCACGAUGGAGGUGAAUUCAUCUUGUCUGAAACAGUCACAAUCCUUGGUCUUGGAGAAGUGGCUUUUGAUCUAGAUGGUGUUAUGCGAGGUGUGUCUAACUUGUACCUUGGACCAAACAGAAACAUGAGAAUUGGAUCCAAUGCUAAGAUAGUGUCACUCACAGCAACCAACCUGGAUGAUAUCACCCAUGUCACCUUUGGAAAACUACAGCUUGAACCGGGUAGCAAGAUUGAGUAUGAUGCUAAUACGGGAGCAUUAAUUAAAGCAAGUAACAUUAACUUCAAAUUUGCAUCAAAAAUUUAUGCUGACUUCUUCAAUGUGUCCGCCACAAAUGUUGACCUAGAGCUUGAAAGUGUGAUGAGCUGCUCCAGUGGACAUCGUCCAGAUUCAGAACAGAUAGAUAUAACCAUUGGCUCCGGUCUACCUGGUGUGGGGUCUGCUGGAGGGGCUGCACAUGGUGGUGUAGGGGGCGGUGGCUUAGACGCCAAUGGGGCAUCCGUAACAGGAACAUCUUACAAUUCAUUGUACACACCAACAAAGGCUGGGAGCAGGGGAACAUAUGAUCCCAAUACUGGUAUCAAGACUGGUGGUCAUGGGGGUGGCUACAUUCACCUGCGCCUUGGUAAUAAACUGAUAAAUGAUGGCACUAUUGCAGCCAAUGGUGGGGCUUCAGGCUCCAGCAAUGGAGGUGGUGGCAGUGGAGGGAGUGUCCUUGUUGAGGUUUAUGACUUUGAGGGCUACGGUGACAUCUCAGCCAAAGGUGGGGAUGGUACAUAUGAAAAUGGUGGAGGAGCAGCCGGCCGUGUAGCUGUUCACUGUCUGCAGCAGAUUGUCUAUGAAGGCUCGUACACUGUAUAUGGAGGGGCUGGAUCAGAUGACACCCAGAGUGCAGGAGGUGGCACUGUCUACCUCUUGGACAUAAGAAACAGCAAGGAAUACAAAAGACUACUGUUGAACAAUCAGAACAGGCCUCAUGACAAGUAUGCAACCAUUGAUGAGGAUUUUACCUACCACUACUUUGAUGAAAUGCACUUGCUAGAGCAGGCUUCAGUUCACAUGGCAGACGAUGGAAGAAGUAGCAUUAUUGAAAUCAACAAAAUUGUUGGUGAUGGCAGUGGUUUGAUACAUCUCCAUGGCAACCACAAAGCUUACGCUGAAUACAGACCUUCAGUCAGAAACGCCUUCAUCACUGGAGUAAACUUCAUCAUAGAUCAAAAUUCUGAAGUUAUCUUUCCAUCCAUCAUGUAUGUUUAUGGCACAGGGGUUUUCUUAGAAGGACAAACUGAAUCCAGAUCUGUCUCCAUGAAUGGUCGCAUGACAGGAAUAUCUGACCUUGUACUUGGCUUUGAAACAUUGCUCUACUUUGGUCAGUAUGCCCAUACUGCAUCAAUCAACCAAGAUGGAACUCACAAAUCCAUCAAUGCUGCAGGUACAGUGACGUUCGGUACAGUUGACCUCAGAAGCUACUCUGAAAUAAAGUAUGCCCCAGACCAGACGGUUAUACAACAGAUUUCCCGCCUUGACUGCAGAUUCCAGUCGGUGAUUUCUGCUGAAAGUAUCACAAUCAGUGCCAACAUCUUCCAACUAGAGGCAGGAGCAAUGCUGACAGCAUCAGCCACAUACAGACCAAACGAUUCCCUGGAUGAGACACUAGGAAGCGGUGUUGAUGCCGCUCAUAGAGGAUCACUCCCGCCAACUACAACAACAACCACCACUAGCACAACCACAACCACCCCUCCUCUCAUGGAGUGCAGAAAUGUCACUGUUGAUGGAAAUGGGACUGUUGUUAACCUCACUGACACUGAAAUGGAUGAUUCCAACUCUACAAACAUGAAUGAGACUGACACAAAUUCAACAAAUCUGUACACAUUCAUAGAAGUAUGUCAACCAGUUAAUAUCACAACAACCGAAAAUGUAACAACUACAAUUGGUCUGCCUUUCACCACAACUACAACAACUGAGACACCGGUUAUACCAAGCCUCUACUUUGGAACUGGUGGAGGCCAUGCAUCUAAUGGGGGAGGUGACUAUGCAUCAGACCUCAGCCUGCGUGUGCGGGGAGGUAACUACUAUGGGAGCCUGUACAAACCAUCCCAUCGUGGUAGUCGAGGAGGCAAUGGACAGUUUGAAGAUGGAGGAAAUGGGGGAGGCUAUGUUAAACUUAAGGUGACCACUGACCUGCUUGUGGAUGGUACCAUCUCGUCUGAUGGAGCCCCAGGAGGAAGAGAUGCAGGUGGUGGCAGUGGUGGCACCAUCUAUAUUGACUCCAAGAACCUGGAAGGUCAUGGCCUGAUCCAGUCGCUAGGUGGCGAUGGUUACCAUGGUGGUGCAGGUGGCCGUGUUGCCACAUACCUUAAAGAGCAGAUUUACUAUUUUGGAUCUUUUGACUUCCUGGGGGGAAGCGGAAAGGGUAACUACUUGACUGCAGGAGGGCCUGGAUCCGUCUACAUCUAUGACAUAAGGAACUCUCGUCAAUAUGAGCAGCUACAUCUGGACAACUUGGCACGAUCCUGGGACCACCAGUAUGUUCUUGACGAAAUCCUGGAAUCUGGGGGCACUAAGACAGACUUCUACUUUGAUGAGGUCCACCUCACCCGGAAUGCAUCCCUACAGUUGAAGACGGGAGAUGGUAUACUUCGUAGCCUAACCUGUGACAAGACCUUUGGAGAUUUAACAGCCAGGAUUUUACUUCUGGCCAACCAGACUGGCUACUUUGAAGAAUACCAGCCACAAUCGAAGUUACCCUUCAACCUAUGGAUUGACGAUGCCUCACGAGCAUAUCUCUCUCCCCUUAUUUACAUUCUGGGGCUUGGAGAGAUCGCCCUGAAGUGGAAUGGCGAGUUGAUUGGUGUCAGACAUAUUAGGAUUGUGCCAGGGCGAGUUAUCAACAUUAAGAGUGAGGCGAUGACCAGCUACACAGAAGAUGGGGUGUAUGUGUCAGGAACACCAGGUGCCUUCUCCUUUGCUACCAUGGAGCUAGGGGCUCAAGCUGUGUUGGAGCUUCCCCCUCCCAUGCCGCUUGUCCUUACAGUUGGCAUCCUGGACAUUAAGUAUGAAUCUCGAUUCUACGCUGACUCAAUGCAGAUUUUGGCCACAGAUUUCUUCUUUGAGCCCAAGGCAGAGUUUGUAUGUGUGGGGACCAGUCGUGUAGUUCAGCCUGGUGAUUCCUCCACCCCUGGGGCAGGAGGAGGGCACGCUUCUCAAGGAGGCGGUGCCCCAGGAGGACCAACAGGUGGUGGUUUAGCAUAUGGCUCUGUGUACAAGCCUGACCUUCCUGGCAGUCGGGGCGGGGGCACUCACGGAGGUCUAGGGGGUGGUAAUCUGUACAUCAGGGUGCCUGCAGAGUUCCUGCUUGAUGGUAUCAUUCGGGCGGAUGGUGCCAAUGGUGGAACUGACAGCGGAGGUGGCAGUGGAGGCUCUGUUCUCAUUGAAUCUGGUCAGUUCUCAGGCCAUGGCAAGAUCUCAGUCAAUGGUGGAGAUGGCUGGGAUACAUCAGGGGCGGGUGGAGGUGGUCGUAUAGGCAUCCACACCUGGGACUUCAACUACUACAAGGGAGAGUUGCUUGCUUACACUGGAGCCUCCAGCAGGGGUGACCUUGGAGGGCCUGGGACAGUGUUCAUUGAAGACAAGAUUAGUGAAUUUACAUACCAGUCUAGACUGUACCUGGAUGGUCGAAACCUGGCCAUUCCAAAGCCAAUAGUGAUCAAUGAAAUCAACCCUCGUCACAAGACACAGACCACAUCCAAUACAAACAACGCGGACCUGGACUUUGAACACCUCAUGCUCAACAAAGAUGCAAUGCUGGAGAUUGGCUCAGGUGCCGACACAAUAACUUCCUUGAACAUUGACUAUUUGAUGGGAGACUGGACUGGUUACUUGCAUGGUAAAUAUGGCGAGGACAUCUAUCUUGAGUAUUUGGCACACACCACCCUGCGCUCCUCCCCACCAACCAACUUCAGGAUUGAUGAGGGUUCCAACAUUUGGCUCUCAGCUGACUUCAAGCUGACAGGUCUACAGACACCAGCCAUGCAGCUUGAUGGUCACAUGAUCGGUGUCAUGAACCUGACCCUGGAGGAAGAUGUCUCUAUGUACAUCUCUGACACUGCGACUAACAGCCGGUUGGUCACAGGAGCUCUGCAGACAUAUCCUGAUGGAGUCCUGGGCAUAGGUCGUCUAGCCAUGCAGGCUGGCUCCAUCAUUAAUCAUGAAGACCACUUCAACCUGGAGGUGUCUAAUGUCCACAUGCGCUACGACUCCCUUAUCACAGGAAACCAGAUCACCGUCACUGCAGGGGAAAUACUCAUGGAAGGGGAGGCUGCAUUUGAUGUGUCAGGCCGUGGGGGUGAGGGUAGCCUGUCCUCUGGCUGGGGUGACUAUGUCAUUGGAAAAGCUAAUGUCAGUGCUGGAGUGGGUGGUGGUCAUGGAGGAUAUGGUGGUGGGGCCAACUAUGCUGGGCUCAACUCAGGUGGCCCCUAUGGCUCCUUUAAGAUCCCCCAGCACACAGGCAGUAAGGGAGGAGGCAGUGAGGCCGGGAUGGGCGCAGGCAGGAUUGACGUCACAGUGUCUCGAGGGCUUCAUCUAGACGGUAACAUCUACACUGUGGGUGGCAAUGCCUUGGGCUCCAACAGUGGAGGAGGCAGUGGUGGCAGUGUGUACGUUGUCACUCAGAACUUUUCUGGACAUGGCUUAAUAGAAUCCACUGGCGGGAACGGGUUCGGUUAUGGGUAUGGUGGUGCAGGAGGGAGAAUUGCGGUGCAUGUUCAGUGGUUUAAGGAAUACUCCGGGGAUUUUAUCAGUUAUGGAGGAUUUGCUGGAAGAGAUGCAUGGGAUUCUGAUGAGACUAAGAAUGGAGCAGGCGGUACCGUCUACACCACUGAUUCCAACUCCAUAGGGCUUGAGAAAAAAGAAACAAUUGAAAUUGAUGGCCAGAUUGUCUAUGUUGAUGGUUUUGUGAAGCUCGUCAUUGACAACGAUAAUAGGAACAAGGUCCUCGGCACAAUGGUGAUGAGUGACUCAGGAUCAACACCAUAUGAGUUUGAAUUUGAUGAACUGGAGGCAAACAAUCAUGCAGUGCUCUUGAUUGAAGGGCAUGAUUCUAUACUUAUAGUCCACAUAUUUAAUGGUGACCGGACCGGGCUCAUGUAUCUUCAGGGAAAUCAGAAAGUGUACUCUGAGUAUGUUGAGUCAACAAGUGGCUACACGGUCGCUCCUGUAAGCUACAAGAUAGACUACGGAGCUGAGAUCAUUCUUCCGUCGACCACAAUCCUCCUUGGUACAAGAAGUGACAUGAACGGCCUAUUGACAAUGGUCCAGAACCUUACAGUCGCUGAGGGAGCCAAUGUUGUCUUCUCCUCCACAGCCCAAACGGCUCAGAUUGAAGCAGGCCAGUAUGUAGAUCUGACUGCACCUGGAAACAUCAGCCUUAGUCAUCUGACAAUCCAAAGAGGCUCAGAGGCAACAUUCACCGAGAAACCAGGAAAUGACCUUGUCCUUGACCUUGUGAAACUGAGUGUCAAAUAUGAAGGUCUCAUGUGGAUGAACAAAGGUACAAUAAACUCAGCUAAUGCCAUAAUUGAAAGCUUGGGUAUCCUGAAUGUUGACUUUAUGGGCCAUGCUGAAGAAACUGGGCCAGGUGCUGGCGGAUCAAAUGGUACUUUUGGAUUUGGAGGGGCCCAUGGGGGACAUGGAGGGGCACCAAGGCCCCUAACAGGUGGGACCCCCUAUGACUCGGUGUACAAGUCAACACACCCUGGUAGUGGUGGGGGUAAUGGGGAUGGUCUUGCUGGGCGAGGAGGAGGUCAUCUAAACUUGAUCGUGGGAGAGGUUCUUUGGAUUGAUGGAGAAGUCACACUAGAGGGUGAGGCAGGCCAAAGUGGAAAUGCUGGUGGAGGGAGUGGAGGUGGAAUCUUCAUAGAGACUACAAACUUUACAGGCUGGGGUCAUGUUGAUUGUCAUGGUGGGGAUGGCAUUGGAAAUGGUGGAGGGGGCUCAGGAGGGAGAAUAUCUGGCCAUGUUAACUUCAAGAACACUUACAUUGGUCGCCUGAAUGUUGUUGGUGGACAUGGUCAUGGACUGUAUCCAUCAGGAGCUGCUGGGACCGCAUACAUUCAGGAAAAUGAAAGAGGCCCGCAGUAUGCAGACAUUAAGUAUGACCCUGUUACUGGUGACAAAAACACGGCAACACACAGAAGACUGGAGGUUAACAAUGACGAUAUUGACAAACAUUUGUAUGUCGGCCAUGCAGAACCAUGGCUCUACACCAUGCUGUUUGAAGACGAACAAACAGAGUAUGAAUUUGAUGAAGCCAUGCUUGAGGGUCACUCCAAUCUGAUGAUAGAAUACCCCACAGGCACCACCCCUGGCCUGGGAUCCUGGACCGUGGAAGUGCAAAUUCAUAUCUUUCUGGGAGACAGAACUGGGGUAUUCAGAAUCAGAGACAGCCAGAGACUGUAUGUUGAAGUCAUUGAAUCUGUGUCCAACGAGACCAUUGCUCCUUGCAGCUUUAGAAUUGAUGACGGUGCUGAGGCUUUCUUUCCAACAACAACAAACCUGCGAGGGUCCAGGACAGUGCUUGCAGGUCAGAUAACAGGAGUAGAAGACAUGUUGAUUCGACAGGGCUCAGUUCUCUUCCUAUCAACAGCUACCACUGCUCUGAUGGAGAACAGGCAAUACACCAUGGUUACCACUCCUGGUAAUUUCUCUUUUGCAUUUCUACGCAUCAUGGCUGGUGCCCAGGCAGAAUUCAGGGAUGUGACUGGCCUAUGUGUUGUAACAGUCAAUGAAUUUUAUGUCAAGUACCUAGCACUGCUGUUAAUGAACUUCGUCAGAAUUGACUCAUCCUAUGCUCACAUUGAAAGUCAAGGACAACUUAACAUGGAUGGAGUAGGGUAUGGACCAGAGACAGGCCCUGGGGCAGGUUCUACAAUAACAGACUCUAUACUAACCGGCACAGGGGCAGGUCAUGGCGGAUACGGAGGAGGACCAGGGCCAUCAUACGGAGGAGUUCCCUAUAACACCAUCUACAAACCUGAGGAGGCAGGGAGCGGUGGUGGUAACAGCAAUGGAAUAGGUGGUUCUGGAGGAGGCUACCUGGAGUGGUACAAUGGAGACCUCAUUGAAAUGAAUGGCCUGUUGACACUAGCUGGCUCUGAUGGCAAAGGUGGCAAUGCAGGUGGUGGAAGUGGCGGAAGUGUGCUCUUGUAUUCCACCAAUAUCACAGGACAUGGUGUGAUUGCUGUGCCUGGUGGUGAUGGUGCUGGUUAUGGUGGUGGAGGGUCUGGUGGAAGAGUUUCAGUCAACUGCAGGUUCCGCUACUCCUAUGGAGGAGAAUACCAUAACUAUGGUGGAGAUGGCCACAGCAGCACAGUCACCAACUCCCAUGCUGGAGCAUCAGGUACAACAUUCAAGGAAGAGAACAAGCGGGCUCUGCAGUACAGAGAAACCAAGUAUGACCCAGUGACCAACUCAACCUUCUUUGAUGUGGAUCACCACAUGAUUCACACUGAUAAUAGACUCAAGUACAGCCCAGCACCGACUCUUAUUCAAGAUCCACCAAGAGAGCUCUAUGAGUUUGAUGAAAUGGAGAUAACAGGAUCUUCCUAUGUGUGGAUUUACCAUCCAGAUGGUGUUGCUCUUGUAGAAGUGAUUGCCCACAGUUUCAUUGGAGACAAAACAGGACAGCUUCAUAUCAGAGAUAGACAGAGAGUAUGGGUAGAAUUCAUUGAGUCUGUAAGCAACAUCACAGAGGCACCAGUGAGCUAUAUCAUUGAUGAUGGGGCUGAAGUGGUUUUCCCGUCUGAGGUUCACAUUCAUGGCACAAACAGUACAUUUGCUGGACUUGUCACAGGGGUGCACAAUAUGUACAUUGAAGACAGCAGUGUAGCAGAAUUCAAGAGUACUGGUAAAACUGCUCUGCUUGAAAAUGGUGCAUACUACAGGGAAACUGUUGCUGGUCACUUCAUCUGGAAUGAGCUCCAUAUGAAAAGAAGAGGCACUGCAGGAUUCUUGGAUGUCGCAAACGAGCUGAAAGUUGAAACCAGCGAAAUAAGGGUGAAAUAUCAAGGGAACCUGUACAUGAACAAGGCCACAAUUAACAGCACCUAUUCCUGGAUUGAGAGUGAAGGAGAGUUCCACCUUGAUGGACAUGGUCACAAAGCAGAACUCGGCCCUGGUGCUGGGUUCUCUGUGAAUGGAGAAGGCUAUGGUGCUGCACAUGGUGGAUAUGGCGGAGGACCUGACCCUUUAAAUGCAACUGAGCCAUAUGGAAGCAUUUUUUCCCCGCAUGAGUUUGGAAGUGGAGGUGGAAAUGGCGGUGGUGUCGGAGGUGCAGGAGGUGGUGUUUUACACUGGAUUACAAGUCACUACUUUGAACUGCAUGGAUUACUGGCUUUGCAAGGAGAAGAUGGGCAAGGGACCAACACGGGAGGAGGCAGUGGUGGCUCAGUAUUGAUAGAAUCCAUGAACUUCACAGGCCAUGGUGUGAUUGACACAGCUGGAGGGGCUGGGACAGGCACAGGGGGUGGAGGAGCUGGGGGUAGGGCAGCCAUCCACUGUGAAUGGAGAUACUCCUUCGGGGGAACAUUUGUUAACAAUGGAGGACUGGUACAACCUUUGUCAAGAAUAAUCAGAGGCCACUGGAGUACAGGAUUGUGA